UAAACUCAAAAAGAGCCUCUCGGACGGCUCUGUUAUUGUUCGGUUUGAGGUGUGGGGGGUCGUGGGCGCUUUGUUUUUAGCUUUGGGGGGGCGUAGGAUACUGACAUCAGGCUAGGUCAACAAUACAGCGAACGCGUUUUAUCCGAUUUACCAUUAUUCGAUUCAUUUCCGCGGUAAAAGUUGAAGUUCAGACGGGACGCGUAGUAGCUGCUGCGGAUGGAUGCGCGGGUAUCUGACUUAUUCGGCUCAGGAAAUGAACCCAGCUCGAAAUCAAGUUGGUGGUGCCAGUAAUGGAAAGCAAGCAGGGAUCGGACUUGGGCUAGCCUCCAAAAAAGCUAAUGCAAAAGCCAACAAAAAAGCAAGGGCGCGAUUCUCUCGGAACAACUUCAAACCAAGUAAUAACACGCCGUAUCUACCUCCGGAGGCUGAAGAGGGAAACAUAGAAUACAAGUUGAAGCUAGUGAAUCCAACUCAGUACCGUUUUGAGCACCUGGCAACCCAAAUGAAAUGGCGUCUCCAGGAGGGAAAAGGCGAGGCUGUCUAUCAGAUUGGUGUAGAGGACAACGGUAUGCUUGUGGGACUAUCGGAGGAAGAUAUGAGAGCAUCAUUAAAGACUCUACAUCUCAUGGCACAAAAAGUGGGAGCUGACAUCACUGUCCUCAGACAAAGUGAGGUCGAUGAGGACUCUGACUGCCCUCGUAACAUUGCUGAAGUUCUCAUUCGCAAAGUGCCAGACGACCAACAGUUCUUGGACUUGCGAGUAGCUGUACUGGGUAAUGUGGACUCAGGAAAGUCCACAUUGCUCGGAGUCUUGACACAGGGAGAACUGGACAAUGGACGUGGUCGGGCAAGACUCAACCUCUUCAGACACCUCCAUGAAAUUCAGACAGGGAGAACCUCAAGUAUCAGCUUUGAGAUACUUGGAUUCAACAGCAAAGGAGAGGUUAUAAAUUACAGUGAGUCUCGAACAGCAGAGGAGAUUUGUGAGAGUGCCUCUAAAAUGAUCACAUUCAUAGACUUGGCGGGGCACCACAAGUAUCUGAAAACUACCAUCUUUGGUCUCACCAGCUACUGCCCUGAUUUUGCGAUGCUGGUCGUCAGUGCAAACACAGGCAUUGCUGGUACAACGCGGGAGCAUCUUGGGUUAGCCAUGGCUCUGAAGGUGCCCAUCUUCAUUGUCAUCAGUAAGGUGGAUCUGUGCAUGAGAGCUACGGUGGAGCGCACAGUACGGCAGCUAGAGCGCGUCCUGAAGCAACCUGGAUGUAAUAAAGUUCCAAUGGUUGUGGCGAAUAAAGACGAUGCAGUAACAGCAGCACAGCAGUUUGCCCAGUCACCAAAUAUCACGCCAAUCUUCACAUUGUCCAGUGUGUCUGGAGAGAGCUUAGACCUACUGAAAAUUUUCUUCAACAUUAUCCCUCCACUGAGCAACAGUAAAGAACAAGAGGAACUAAUGCAGCAGCUGACAGAGUUUCAGGUGGAUGAGAUUUACUCAGUUCCUGAAGUGGGAACGGUCGUUGGAGGAACUCUGUAUAGUGGCAUUUGUCGUGAAGGGGAUGACCUCGUGGUAGGGCCUACAGACGCUGGACAGUUUCACAAGCUCACAAUCGGCAGCAUACAGAGGAAUCGCUCGGCAUGCAGGGUAUUAAAGGCUGGCCAGGCUGCCACACUCGCACUAGGAGAAUUUGACCGGUCAUUACUAAGGAAGGGUAUGGUGAUGGUGAGUCCAGAGAUGGAUCCUACUAUUUGCUGGACAUUUGAGGCAGAAGUUGUGCUCCUUUUCCAUGCCAAGACCUUCCACAAAGGUUUCCAGGUUACUGUGCACAUAGGCAAUGUGAGACAAACUGCCAUUGUGGAGGAACUAUAUGGAAAGGAAGCAUUAAGGACAGGUGAAAAAGCAGAGGUCCGUUUUAGAUUUAUAAAACAUCCAGAAUACCUAAAAGUGGGAGCAAAAAUGCUCUUCAGAGAGGGUGUCACCAAAGGUAUCGGACAUGUCACCAAGUUACAUCCAGUGGCUCAGUACAAACCAUCCCAAAGAGAGGAGGACGGGGCCUAGAUACUCCACAAUACAACACAGGCCUCUUUCCACGUCCCCCAUGGACAGUAAAGCUCUUCUCACUAAUCUUGUCUAUUAUGUUUUAGUCUUUUACAACAGGUCUGUAUGCUUUUCUUCACUCUGUGGUGUUCUACAGGUUUAAUGUGAGGCACUGACAGAGAUCACCAUCUCCUUUUGUACAGACUAGAAUGUAAACAUGUAAACCCAAGUGGACCUCUUCUGUGGCAGAAUACACAGUGCACUGUUUACACCUGUGCGCUCCAUCAGCACAUACUGAUCGCACAUUGCCACUUGCACUGAAGCUUGGGCCUCACUCUUUUUUAACACACAAACACACUCAGCACCACUGGGCCUGAAAACCAAGAGAGGUUUUUGUCACCUUUUAGUGUUUUGUUACCAGAGUGCCUCAGACACAUGCAGUAGACUUUGGUCUAUUUUAAUACACACAUUUCUCUUUUCUAGAAUGUGUUUAAUAUUCAGCCUUCAUACACUUGUGUGUGUUGAGUUAUAUUUGUAUUUGCUGACAAACCACUUGAAGAAGAUCAAUGUUAAGAGUUGUCACUCUAACCUAUUUUUAGGUCAGUCAGCUGAGAUAAGUCUCAUAAUAGCCUUUAAAGUGCUUUUAGUUCCUCAGGUUUGUAUAGAAAACUGCCACUUUGUUAGAACCUUUCCAGUGGAAGUGUUGCUUGUGAACAUCUUUAUCUGAAUAUGCAGGUUUGUAUUGCUGCCUUCAUGUUUCUGUGUCACCUAUUGUUACUGAUGUCACAGCCCACACAGGGCUUUACACAGUGCCUACAGAACUAUUUAAAUGAACUUCCAUUAGUAAAAGUAACAUACUACUUGAGUUGGUGCUACUUAAAGAUGUGUUUCCAAAGUGUGUUAUGGGCUAGUUGUGGCCUCUUAAAGGUGCACUACAUAACUUUUUGAUUGGGGGGUCCGUCACCUGCUUGUUUCUAUUGUUCUAUAUAGAACAAUGUCAUUGUUCUGCCUGGAAUGUUCCACAGUAUGACAUUAAACAGCUCUACCAUACAUUUACUCAAUUUCAGGUGUUUGUAUAACUCAAAAAUACCUAGAAAGACUGCAUUCUGACUGAGUGGGGUUGCCUCUCCACAGAUCUGACCUGUCACUUGGUCUGGUUAGGUCUCCAUGGAGAUAGACAGGUUCAAUACCAUACUGUGAAACAUUCCAGACAAAGCAAUAAUAUCUCCAUGAAGAAAAGCAUUUGAAAGACCCUCCACCAAAACAGUUACACAAUGCACAUUUAAAUGCAUGUUGACGAGGACAGGUGAAAUGUUUUGUUACACGUGCUGAUUAGGGAGUUAGUUCUAAAGCAUUUCAACCAAAGUUUUUCUAGUUCUGUCAGAUGUCACUGUUUCUGAUUAUGCAUCUGAGAGGUAUUUUAUAGAAUAUUUUAAUAGCUUUGGUUUUUACAAAUACAUUAAUUAAGUUCAUUCAUUUAAAAGUUUGUCUGCUUGUUUUUCUGAAAGGAAAUUGAAUAUUCUGUAAUCAUUUGGGUGAAAUGCAAUAUUUAUGUACAGAUCCAAUUAAUGUGUUAGAAUAAAGAGUUAUCUAUGAAUACA